UAGACCACUUCCAUAAGUUUGGUGGACGCUAGAGCGCACGAACGCGUCCGACAUUGGCGCGCUUUUUAAGUGACAUUAAAAAAGUAUCAAAAUGGAGGGCUGCGGGAUGAAUUGUAUAAAAUAUUUACUAGUUGUUUUUAAUGCGAUAUUUAUGAUACUUGGUGUUAUCAUAAUAACGGUGGCAUGUGUGGACAUGGGAAUGCUGAAGGGGUUCGCUGGCAUGGAGACAACGGGCCACGAGACUGAUGCUGUUCUCAUUGCUGUGGGGGUCCUCAUCAUUAUCGUUGCCGCUUUUGGCUGCUUCGGUGCUUGGAAGGAGAGCCCGAAGUUGUUAUAUAUUUUCGUGGGCUUUUUAAUUCUGAUCAUCUUACUGGAGCUAUCUGUGGGUAUAGCGGCGGCGGCACUACGACCUCAAAUCGAAGGUACCAUGAAGACGCAGCUGCGAGCCUCGUUCAUCAAAAACAAGUCCACUAGAGAGGAAGACUCAGUUUACAGGGAUUUUUGGGACAAAAUUCAGAACAAUCUGGAAUGCUGUGGUGUCACCGGUCCCGAUAACUACGUAGCCUCGGAGCCUCGACUGAACCCCUCGUACAGCUGUUGCCCUCCCGAUGACUCCGACAGAGCUGUGGAGAUCAAACGAUCCGAUUGCAUCUCACUCAGUAAAUAUUAUCAAGAGGGGUGUGAGGAUAAAGUACUGAGCACUGUGCAUAGCGCGGGAUUAUCCGUCAUUGUCUGUGGGAUACUGUUUUGUUUCUUGGAGGUGGUUGGCAUAGUGUUGGCAUUAUGGCUCGCUCACUCGAUCAAGAAUGACGGGAAAAGUCAGGAAACGGCCUAAUUACUAAACACGAUAGCUUUUUGAUGCACUAUACUUAAAUUAUAUCGUAUUGUUAAACGGGAAUAAUUAAAUACGGGCCUUUUGCAUAAAGUUGUCUUGAGAAAUGUUUUGCGAUACGAGCCGUUGUUGUGUGAAUGUCGCGCGCUAAAAGACUUAUUUCUAAUUUAUUCAGAAUCUUUAUUUAAAUAGGGUUUAAUUUACGUAUAAUAUAAGUUGGUACUGAUUUAUGUCAAAAAUGUUGAAUCCGACAAGAAACGCGUCGUAUUUUGAAUUAAAAAACAGCGAACUCUGUAACUCCAAUACAAAUUU